AUGAGCCACUAUAAAACAAUGUUUUAUCUGUUUCUUAUAUUGGUAAUAAUGAAAAUAUGUUAUGGUGCAAAGGCAAGGAGUUGUGCUAAGUAUGAUGAACCUUGUCGUAGUGCUUUUCAAUGUUGUAGUUAUGAUGCUGAUCCUAGAUGUGUUAUUUGCAGGCCUCGUUAUCAUAUUUUUGGCACUAAAAUUUGCAGUCGUCGUUGGUAUACUACUAAUCGUAAUAACCCUUGUUCUCAAGUUCCUCGUCGUUAUGGUUGUGGCGGUGAUGGUGAUCGUUGUGGUCGUAAAUAA